GCUGCUAACGUUUCCGGUUCACCCUUCAAACUAAAAGUUACCAAAUGCCAAAAGCGAUCUCUAAGGACAAUAAUGUCUUUCUUUUACAUAGAAUUGAAAAAAAAUGUCUAAGAAUAGAAAGGUUACAUAAAUGGAAUUCUCCUUUAGAAUGUAAUUUAACACUUGGCCACAGUGAAGCUGAGGUCAUUUGAUUGUACACAUGAUCCAGGACAAGGCUGUUGAAACACUACACUCUCAAUGUCCCAAUAUAACCAAAAACAUUGAUUUGUCACAGCGGCCCUGUCCAGAUUAUAUUUGACUCCUCAUUUGUUUAUUCCUUACUGUUCAAUAAGCUUAUGUUUGCAUGAAAUCAACUUUUUUUUUUUUGCAGGCUUGAAACCUGCCCUGUGUUGAGAUUCCUAACAUUCUGAGGUAAUAUAAGAUAUGUUACUAUAGAACUGUAAUGUAAAAUAUAUAUAUAAUUUAGAUUUACUUUCCAGCAAGCUGUAGCAGUGAGUUUAAUUCCACACACUAACUAUAAAUGGCAAAAAAAGUUGUAAUAAUGUGUUCAUUGACGUUUUCUUAUAUACAUAUACACUUCUAUAAACACACAGCUAAAUCAAAUAUGUAGACCAGUGCCCCAUUAAAGGAUAAGGCUUCAUUCAAGACUGCCAAAUCACCAUGCUGAGUAUCACUUUAACAACCCAUCGUGAAAUAGAUUAAAAGAAAACAUUUUAUAUGUACGAUUUAUACCCUUCUGGAAAUAUCAAAAACCAGCACAUUUGAUAUAAAUCUGGACAUAAUUCACACAGUCAAACCCACACUCGAUUGCUGUCUUUUGUAUGGAAAUUAAGUAUUUGUUCUCGCAACUUCCUGUUGUUGCAUGUCUCACUUGACAAACUGACUCAGUUCUUCUAAUGCAGACGCUGUGACGUCACUGUAGUCGUCAGCUGAGAGAGAGAGAGAGAGAGAGAGAGAGAGCCUCUCCCAUACACAGGGAGACAUCACCACCAUCAACGCCCGUGUCCGGUCAACAGCAUCGAGCAGUGCACAAAAUAUGGACGAAACGAUAGCAUAGACGCUGUGAGCUAUCGGCACCGAUCCGAAGACUUGUGGAUUGUUUUUUUAUCUAUUUAUUUAUUUAUUAACGUAUUUAUUACCCCUGCGAGUCAUGGCUGGGGUCCAUGGCUGCGGUUUCUGAGAGGCAGGUGCAACAUCAUCAUCAUCAUCAUCCUCCUCCUCAUCACCGACGAAGGCUUUUCUCUCAUCGACAUGGACGUAGUUUGGGCCGAACCCCAGGCGGGUCCACUAACCCACUGCUGCCCGGACCAGAGGCUGCUGUGCAUCUGAGGAGAGCCAGAGUCGUGCCGAGGCAGUAGGAGACACAACGGGUUCCUGGUGGUUGUGGACUGGGAGGAGGCGGAGUAGAAAGGAGGAGGGGGGGCCUCUCUUUACAUUCAAAAAAUAGUGCUAAUAUUUCCACAGCCAAAUGUUAAUGUGUGUUCUGCUGCAACAUGUCAUCACUAGUUUUUUAAUUAUUUUAAGAGAAGACCGUGAUUGAAUGUUCCGCUUUCCUCUACGGAUCCAAAACCUGUGACAGUCUCGGCUUUAAGGCCUAAUAAAAAAAAAAACACUCAUCUGGAAGAGAGACGCCAGGUCCAGCUGCCAAGAUGAUGGAGCUGCAGAUAGACGAGGUGGUGUACCAGGACGACUAUGGCUCCGGCACCGUCAUGUCGGAGCGGGUGUCCGGCCUGGCCAAUAGCAUCUACCGGGAGUUCGAGCGGCUCAUCCGGAGCUACGACGAGGAAGUAGUGAAGGAGCUGAUGCCGCUGGUUGUUAAUGUUCUGGAGAACCUGGACGCCGUGCUGACAGAGAACCAGGAGCAUGAAGUGGAGCUGGAGCUGCUGAAAGAGGACAACGAACAACUCAUCACCCAGUACGAGCGGGAGAAAGCGCUGCGCAAGCAGGCGGAGGAGAAAUUCAUAGAGUUUGAAGACACGCUAGAAGCCGAGAAGAAGGACCUGCAGACGCAGGUGGAGUUCCUAGAACUGCAAGGGAAACAGCAGGAGCUGAAAAUGAAGAACUACGGUGACCAGAUCAUCAGGCAGGAGGAGAGAGAAACAGACUUGAAGAAACAGUACAACACUCUUCAUCAGCGCCACACUGAGAUGAUUCAGACGUACUGCAUAGAGCGCUCCAAAAUGCAACAGCCAGGGACCAACAGCCAAUCAGAAGGCCCCGGCUGUGGACGAACUCAACGUCACACAUGGAGGAAAAGCAAAGCGGAGCGCCCACCAUCGUUGAACCUGUACACCAGUGGAGAGGGAAUGGUACGUGGGGGUACCGGGGGGGCUAGGAUGAUGCCCGGGAAAGACAUCUGGCAGGUCAGCGAGCUCGGCCCGUCUCCCUUCAACUCUGCCUAUCAGGAGGACGAAUCAGAGUCCGACUCGGUGGUGGUAACACUCAGCAGCCCAGGGAGCAAGUCCAACACACCCACCUCCUCUACCCAUUCCGCCACCGUCACCCCCAUCAACGAAGGCUUUCUCCCUAACUCUGAGGUUGAAGGGAUGCGGUCCGGGAACCACAGGAAAAGUGCCAAACGGCUGAGCCGGAAUAUGGAGGUGCAGGUUUCCCAGGAAACCAGGAACGUCAGCAUUGGAAUGGGGAGCAGCGAUGAGUGGUCGGAGUUUCAGGAGAUCAUUGAUUCCACUCCUGAGCUGGACAUUCGUGUGGACCACCGCAUGUACGGAGGAGGAAACAGCCCCACCCAGGGAAUUGUGAACGAGGCCUUUGGCAUCAACACCGACUCGCUCUACCACGAGAUCAAAGACGCCAAGUCGGACAUUAUCGGAGAUGUAGAUGCAGGCGCCGAGUUGUUAGGCGAGUUUUCAGUCCGUGAUGAUUUCUUCGGGAUGGGUAAAGAGAUGGAGAACCUGCUGACAGAAAACAAACAGCUCCUAGAGACCAAAAAUGCUCUCAACAUCGUGAAAAACGACCUUAUUGCCAAAGUGGACGAGCUGUCGGGGGUGCAGCAGGUGCUGCGGGAGGAGCUGGAGGCUGUGAGGCAAUCAAAGAACAAGGUGGACGCCAGAAUCAAGGAGCUGGAGGAGGAACUAAAGAGGUUAAGAGCAGAGGCUCUCAGUGCGUCUCAAGACUCAAAGGAUGAAGGAGGUGACGAUUUCUCAUCACCCAUGCAAGACGGCGACAUGACAAUGACCCACAGGCGGCGAUUCACCCGGGUGGAGAUGGCACGCGUGCUGAUGGAGAGAAACCAGUACAAAGAGAGGCUGAUGGAGUUGCAGGAGGCCGUACGGUGGACAGAGAUGAUCAGGGCGUCUCGGGAAAGUCCUCCAAACCAAGAGAAGAAGAAGUCCACCAUCUGGCAGUUCUUUUCACGUCUCUUCAGCUCAUCGUCCAGCCCCCCGCCCGUCAAGCGACCAUACUGCGGCGUCAACAUCCAUUACAAGUCGCCCUCACCGGCCGGCUUCUCUCAGCGACGCAGUCACACUAUGUGUCAGAUCUCCACCUCCAACCGCACCCUGGAGUUCUUCCCUGAAGAACUGGCCAGUAAUGGUGUUGCGUCUCUCCUCAGUGACUCUGCGCUCGUGGCUCGCCGAGAGCAACGGCGUGAACAGUACCGGCAGGUCCGCGAGCACAUGCGCCGUGACGACGGCAUCAUGCAGGCCUGUGGCUGGAGUGUGCCGUCGAAAUUCAAACAGACUGGUGGUCAGAUGGACAACGCUCAGGACAACCCACUGAAGAGACAACAGACCGUUACUGAAAAAGAUGAUAAUCGCAUGAAGAAUGUACCUGUGCCAGUUUACUGUCGCCCUCUGGUGGAGAAAGACCCCAACAGGAAAUUGUGGUGUGCAGCGGGAGUGGACCUGACAGGGUGGAGAGCCUACAGUCAGGAGGCGCUGCCAGUCAAAGGGUCAUCAGGCAGCAGUGACCCCCUCCACGCUGACGAGAACGGGGCUGGGAAGAAGAGCAACCACGCUUCUCCAGAGAAGAAGAAGUCAAAGGAGCUGCAGGAAACAGACACCAUGAGCAGUCGCGUGUGGAUACUGACCAGCACUCACUCAGCCAGCAAGGUGGUCAUCAUCGACGCCAACCAGCCAGGCUCACUGGUCGACCAGUUCAACGUCUGCAACGCUCACGUGCUCUGCAUCUCCAGUGUGCCAGCUGCCAGCGAGAGCGACUAUCCCGCGGGAGAAAUUGUGUUGGAUCCAGGCGAUGGCAGCGGUGGAGGUGAGGACAGCGGCAGCGUGGAGGGCAUGUUGGCUGGGAUCACGCUGGUCGGCUGCGCCACCAACUGCAGUGUGGCCCGUAGCAACUGCUCCUCGCGCACAGACACUCCCAUAAUGGACAAAGGACAAGCUCCAACUGCUCCGCCCGUAAACGGGAAGAUUCACCCUGCACAGUCAGCUGAAGAAGCCACUGAAGCCACGGAGGUCCCCGAGUCAACGCCCAGUCACACAGAGAUGAGACAUCCGGGGCCGUUCACCGAGCACGUCUUCACUGAUCCACAGCCUCGUCCCGCCGACGCUUCUGACAGAAGUGCAGGUCAGUCCAAAGAGGACACAUCACACCCUCCGGAGACAGAGGAUGGAGGCGAUGAAGCCAAAAACUACACUAGUGUUGCUCCAACUAUGUGGCUUGGAGCACAGAAUGGAUGGCUCUACGUCCACUCAGCUGUUGGAAACUGGAAGAAGUGUCUCCACUCCAUCAAACUCAAAGACUCUUUGCUCAGUCUGGUACAUGUAAAAGGUCGCGUGCUGGUCGCACUUGCUGAUGGAACCCUCGCCAUUUUCCACAGAUCAGAGGACGGUCAGUGGGAUCUGUCCAACUACCACCUGAUGGACCUGGGUCGGCCUCAUCACUCCAUCCGCUGCAUGGCUGUGGUUCACGAUAAGGUGUGGUGUGGCUACAAGAACAAGAUCCACGUCAUCCAGCCCAAGAGUAUGCAGAUUGAGAAGUCCUUUGACGCUCAUCCUCGCAGGGAGAGUCAGGUGCGGCAGCUGGCCUGGAUCGGUGACGGUGUGUGGGUGUCAAUCCGUCUGGACUCCACGUUGCGUCUCUACCACGCGCACUCACACCAACACCUCCAGGAUGUGGACAUUGAGCCUUAUGUCAGCAAGAUGCUGGGUACUGGGAAGCUGGGCUUCUCUUUUGUACGAAUCACGGCUCUUCUGAUUGGUGGGAAUCGACUUUGGGUGGGAACAGGAAAUGGUGUGAUCAUCUCCAUCCCCCUGGCAGAGACCGUGGUCCUUCACCGUGGACAGUUCCUGGGUCUAAGGGCAAAUAAAGUUUCUCCGACAUCGGCCGGUGGAGUGAUCCGUGUGUACGGAGACGACGGCUCUGAAAAGAGCAACGGCAGCUUCAUCCCGUACUGCUCCAUGGCUCAGGCUCAGCUCUGUUUUCAUGGACACAGAGAUGCUGUGAAGUUCUUUGUCUCCGUACCAGGCAAUGUUCUGGCCACUCUUAACGGCAGCGUGCUGGACAGUCCAUCAGAUGGACAGGGCUCCACAGCGCCCCCGGAGACAGAAGCCCAGAGUGUUCACAACGUGCUGGUGCUGAGUGGAGGAGAGGGUUACAUAGACUUCCGUAUAGGCGAUGGAGAGGACGAUGAGACAGAGGAAGGGGAGAGCAAUGGUUCAGCAUCACAGGUGAAACCUGCUCUAUGCAAAGCUGAGCGGAGCCACAUCAUCGUGUGGCAGGUGUCUUACAUCCCUGAGUGACACCCAUAAUUUGCUUAAAGACCUGCGAAACCCAAACCACCUCCUCCUCUGGUCCCCGAAACCCUUCCAGCCACCUACACCUUGUAAUUAUCCCCCGAUAAAGAAACGUUCCCUUCGCUCUAAAACGACCUUCCAAGCUGUGUAUUGUUCCUUGUAACUAUUAUAUCCCCUCCUGCCCCAACACAGUGUAACUAAAAUGCCUUGUAAGUACCUCCUUUGAUCUGAUAGUUAAUCUGCCUGUCCUCCUCUGUCUCACCCAGAGCACUGUAAAGCAUCUCCAUGAGCUCUGUAACCCAGCUGUAUAUCUACCUCCCCCCCACACCUCCUCCCCAUAUCAUUCUCAUAUCCACCCUGUAAGCACACAGUAACUACUCCUACAUUUACCUCCAUCUCCCUGCAUUCCUUUGUCUUCACUGAGGUUUUAUCAUCUGUCAAACCUUCCGUUACUCUGAGAGCAAAGCCCAGAAAACCAAACAUUAAACUUAUCCACUAAAUCUAGGAACGAACAAAAGAAUUUCAGCCAAUCCAUGAGUCAGUUACAUUGUGAGGGCGUUAUUACAUGUCAGUAAAGGUGCUCUAUAAUACACAGGAACCAUGUUUCUGCAUUAACAUCAUCGUGAUUGGUUCCAGUCUUUGCAUCUGUUAAAAUGUUAAGAAAAUGCUAUACAAAAAAAAAACAAAAAAAACAACUCAAUGUGAACCCCAUGAGAAGUCAAAGUGGCUACAUGUCAACAUUCAUACUGAAAUCUGGAUUUAUCUUGACUGUGUUUUCAAAGUAUCCUUUUCAGGGCCAGUGUUGUUAUUGCCCCCAGAAUAUGUGGACUGUGAAUCAAUGUUCAGGCAAAUGAUGUUUAGUCCAACUGUUUGAUGUGAGCCCGGCAAACAGAGGUGUGAGUACUGGGUUAUUGUAAAUUUGCAGGAAUAUCCACUCUCAUACUAUUUGUUCAUAACGAAUGUCAUGCAUUGAACUUUAGCUGUGUGGAUUAAAUAUUAAACUUAUUGUGCGCUAAAAUAAGUGACCCCGUGAGGUGUGUGUCCCAAAAACAGUAGAACGUGGACAGAUCUAAGUGACUUUAUGCACUUAAUUUUUAAAUGUAGAAUAUAGAAUAUAUUUUAUUUAUUAUUAAUCUACCACAGAAAAAAGGGUCACUUUAUUAAAACAUUUUGGAGCAAUUAUUUUUUUGGCACUUUUCAGGCAAUUAUUACUAUUGUAUGUUGGUUUGGAUCUAGAUCUAGAGUGACUACCUGUCCCGCUUUACGUUGUAUUGCACAGCAAUUGUAGCCUUUAUUCCCAGUGUAUUAUAAAUUAGUGUAUUUUUAAUCUAAACUAACUAAAAAUACACUCAUUUGCCUUAAAAUACUUAACUAUGUCCAUUUCUGUGGUUAAAAUUCAGAAAAAACACACUUUUUUUGUACGCUACCUUUUGAUCACAGUUAAAAUACUAGACCAAUAAGAUCAUGAACAAAUCUCCGGAAAAAAAAGUUUCUCAAAAAUGACUAAAAAUACACUCAUUUGCCUUAAAAUACUUAGCUAUGUCCAUUUUUGUGGUUAAAAUUCAG